AUCAGUGCCCUGAUGAUCGGUGGCCAGCAGUGCUACCCACCAGUUCUGCCCACCUGUGCCCAGCAGUGCGCCCACCUGUGCCCAGCAGUGCACCCACCUGUGCCACCCAGCAGUGCCACACACCUGUGCCCAGAAGUGCCACCUACAUGUGCCCAACAGUGCCAUCCACCUGUGCCCACCAGUGCCCAUCAGUGCAGCCCAGCAGUGCUGCCAGUCAGUGCCACCAGUCAGUUCCCAACGGUUGUGCCAGUCAGUGCCCAGCAGUUGCGCCAUCAGUGCCACCUAUCAGUGCUGUCUAUCAAUGCCACCUAUCCGUGACACCUCAUUAGUGCUGCCUAUCAGUGCCCAUCAGUGCUGCCUAUCAGUGCCCAUCAGUGCCGCCUAUUUGUGGCCAUCAGUGCUGCCUCAUCAACGCACAUCAGUGGAGGAGAAAAAUUACCUGUUUGA